AUGACGGGCUUUAGUAAUAAGGCCGUUGUCAUUGAUGGCCGCGGCCAUCUGCUUGGCCGUUUGGCUGCAGUUAUUGCAAAGGUUCUGUUGGAAGGAAACAAAGUGGUUGUUGUUCGUUGUGAACAACUUAACAUCUCUGGCAACUUUUUCAGGAACAAGUUGAAGUUUAUGUCAUUCCUGCGCAAGCGGUGCAAUGUUAACCCUGCUCGUGGACCAUUCCACUUCAGAGCCCCCUCCAAGAUUCUUUGGAAAACUGUAAGGGGCAUGAUCCCACACAAGACUGAGCGUGGAAAGGAUGCACUCAGAAGGCUGCGAGCUUAUGAUGGCUGCCCACGACCUUAUGACAAUCGCCGCCGAGUCGUAGUACCGGCAGCUCUGAGAGUUUUUUGUUUGAAACCCGGCCGUAAGUACUGUCAUGUUGGCCGCUUAUCGCAUGAAGUGGGAUGGAAGUACCGUGAUGUUGUCCGCAAGUUGGAAGACAAGAGGAAGCAGAAUACCAUUCGCAAAGUCUCCUAUGAAAGAAAAUUAAAGAAAAUCACCAAGGAUGCCAGUGAGGCGGUAGCAAAAGCGACGACGCCGUUCACAACCGUCAUCAAAUCCUACGGAUACAAUUAG